UCCCAUGAUUGGGCGGUCAAGGGUAGGGUCUAUAAUCACGUGACAUUCUUCCAACCCUGGGACGCCAUUUUGGAGGAAAGUUUGGAAUUUCUGACACAUAGGAAGAAAAAAAAAGAGGAGGAGAUAACGAAAGAAGUUUGACGUUUAGCAAAACAAUCCUCAUUCUAUCGAAGGCGAAGAAGAAUGUAGCAAACUGCAGACGUGAGGAUUUGAAUCGCUUGUGUUCACACUGAGCCCUCGCAAGCGCACGGCAAGGGAGGUGUAUAUUUGCAGUUUGGGGAGUUUUUGGAAGCCCUGCAACUGGCGGCGACAUAUGUUCAGUUUUUCCCCUGCAGACGCGGAGCAGAUUGGCGGUGGAGUCGUAGCGUCUGUGUGUCUUUUGAAUGGAAGCGCAUAUGGCUGUCAGUGGAGUAAAGCUCAAAUCUGUGGUGUCGCGCGACUGUCAGGUUGAAGAAGUGCGCUAAAUCCAAGCGGCUCAUUUUCAUACCAGCCUGAACCGUCCCCAUGUUUACCGGAUAAACAUUUUGAGUUUCAUGCCAGCUGCGUCUGACUGACUCCUCAAAGACACUCUGGACGGACUCGUGUUGUUAGAGGAGCGUUUUAUUAUCGCGUGUAUUGUCAAACUCCAUCGCGAGCUCUGCCUGAUUUGUUAUCGUGCAAGAGCCCAAGCGAAACAUGCCAGUGAGGAAAAAAGAUGCACAGAGGGCUCUGUUACUGCUGGAGGAAUACCGGUCAAAACUCAGUAACACUGAAGACAGACAGCUGAGAAACUCCAUCCAGAGAGUCAUUGACAUCUUCCAGAGUAACCUCUUCCAGGCGCUUAUAGAUAUCCAGGAAUUUUACGAAGUGACCUUAUUGGAUAGUCAGAGAUGUGGGGAAUCAGUGAAAGUGCCCGAUGCAAUACCCCCAGUGAACCUGUGGGAUUUCUCUAGCAUUCAGAGCACAACGGUGAUUUCAGACACCCUGCCCAGCCUUAGCAGCAGCAUAGAGAAGUACAGACACCAUGAUGAAGACACAGGAUCUCCACAGGAGCAAAGCUCACCACAGUUCACUGAUGAGGCUCCUGGGCCAGAGCUGGUCCAAGUGGCUGAGAAGAACCUCUCCCAGAUUGAGAACAUCCACGGCUAUGUGGCACAUGCACAUAUCUCCCCAAUGAAGCAGACAGAUGCUGUCCCACCCUCCACUCUCAUAAUCCCUGUGAUCCCAAUCUCCACUGUCCCUGCGGAGCCCGCUGUCAUCUCUUCAUCAACGUCACAGGCAAAUCCUCCCCCUGUCGUGGUAAAUACAGAGAGCUUGGAUUCAGCUCCAUAUGUUAACGGUACUGAGGCUGACUUUGAGUAUGAGGAGAUUACACUGGAAAGGGGGAAUUCAGGCCUGGGCUUCAGUAUCGCCGGUGGCACAGAUAACCCUCACAUUGGUGAAGACCCCAGCAUUUUCAUCACUAAAGUCAUUCCAGGGGGUGCCGCCGCUCAGGACGGGAGAUUGCGGGUGAAUGACGUGAUUCUGAGAGUGAACGAGGUUGAUGUUCGGGACGUGACCCACAGUAAGGCUGUGGAGGCAUUGAAGGAGGCGGGGUCACUGGUCAGACUGUAUGUCAGGAGGAGAAAAUCUGCAGCAGAGAAAGUCAUGGAGAUCAAGCUCAUCAAAGGACCCAAAGGUCUUGGUUUCAGUAUAGCAGGGGGUGUUGGGAAUCAGCACAUCCCAGGGGACAAUAGCAUCUACAUCACUAAGAUUAUUGAAGGUGGAGCUGCACACAAAGAUGGGAGGCUGCAGAUAGGAGACAAACUUCUUGCUGUGAAUAGCUCCUGCCUGGAGGAAGUUACCCAUGAGCAUGCCGUGACUGCCUUGAAAAAUACCCCAGAUGUGGUCUACUUGAAAGUAGCUAAACCCAAUAGUGUCUUCAUGAAUGACCGUUUUGCCCCUCCUGACAUCACCAACUCCUAUUCGCAACACAUGGAAAACCAUAUCAGCCCUUCAAGCUAUCUGAGCCAGCCGCUGCCUCCAGUGCAUUCUGGACUCUACUCCCCGACCCCUAAAACCACGGUGGGGGAUGAUGAUGCAACCAGGGAACCCAGGAAGGUGGUGCUGCAUCGAGGCUCUACAGGGCUUGGCUUCAACAUAGUGGGUGGAGAGGACGGAGAGGGCAUAUUUAUUUCCUUCAUCCUAGCCGGAGGUCCUGCAGACCUCUGUGGAGAAUUGAAGAAAGGAGACCGUUUGGUGUCUGUGAAUGGAAUAGACCUACGCAGUGCCACUCAUGAACAGGCUGCGGCAGCCCUGAAGAACGCUGGACAAGCAGUCACCAUCGUUGCCCAGUACAGACCAGAGGAGUACAGCCGAUUUGAAGCCAAGAUCCAUGACCUAAGAGAGCAGAUGAUGAACAACAGCAUCAGCUCAGGCUCAGGGUCCCUGAGGACCAGUCAGAAGAGAUCACUAUACGUCAGGGCACUGUUUGAUUAUGAUAAAACUAAGGAUUCUGGGCUGCCCAGCCAGGGCCUGAACUUCAAAUUCGGGGACAUACUGCACGUGGUGAAUGCUUCAGAUGAUGAGUGGUGGCAGGCACGGCAAGUCACUCCUCAAGGAGAGGUGGAGGAAAUGGGUGUAAUUCCCAGCAAGAGAAGAGUGGAGAAGAAGGAGAGAGCAAGGUUAAAGACAGUUAAGUUCAACUCCAAAUCGCGAGAAAAAGGGUCCCUCAAUGACAAGCGUAAAAAGAAUCUGUUUUCCCGCAAGUUCCCUUUCUACAAGAACAAGGAGGCGAGUGAGCAGGAAACAAGCGAUGUGGACCAGCAUGUCACCUCUAAUGCCAGUGAUAGUGAGAGUAGUUACCGUGGUCAAGAGGAAUAUGUGUUGUCUUAUGAGCCAGUCUGUCAGCAGGAAGUGAACUACUCGCGACCAGUGAUUAUCUUGGGUCCGAUGAAAGACAGAGUAAACGAUGACCUGAUCUCGGAGUUCCCUGACAAAUUUGGUUCCUGUGUUCCUCAUACAACAAGGCCGAAGCGAGAUUAUGAGGUGGAUGGGAGAGACUACCACUUUGUUGUGUCCAGAGAGCAGAUGGAGAGAGAUAUACAGGAGCACAAGUUCAUCGAGGCAGGCCAGUACAACAGUUACCUGUAUGGAACCAGUGUGCAGUCUGUCAGAGAGGUGGCGGAAAAGGGCAAACAUUGCAUUCUAGAUGUAUCAGGCAACGCCAUAAAAAGACUGCAAGUGGCUGUGCUUUACCCCAUCGCUAUGUUCAUCAAACCAAAAUCAAUGGAGAACAUCAUGGAGAUGAAUAAAAGACUGACAGAGGAACAAGGCAGGAAGACAUACGACAGAGCCAUGAAGCUGGAACAGGAGUUCACGGAGCACUUCACAGCUGUUGUUCAGGGGGACACUUUGGAAGAGAUCUACGAUCAAGUCAAGCAGAUAAUUGAGGAACAGUCUGGGCCAUACAUAUGGGUACAGUCCAAGGAGAAACUAUAAAAGCCUUCAGGAGUUUACCAUCCCCCUUUCUCUGCCUGGUUUAUUUAUUGAUUCUGUAUUUUUUUUUUCUUUUUGGUAAUCUCAGUUGGGUUUCUGCAGAUGACAGAAUUCACUCAACAGAUUAAUUCCUUAAUCCAGCAUACUUCAAUCUCUGUUCAGUCCAAUAUCUUCACCUCCUACUUCUAGUUCCUCAGUAGCUAUUUCAAGAGAAGAGGAUCUGUCCUCAUCAGAUCUUUACUGCUUCCAUGCUUACAGAAAGCAAAGCUAUGCCAGACCAGCAUCUGUUUACCAGGGGUUUGGAAACGGUACAGUUCCUUAAUGUUUAAGGGAGGUUACUUUGUAAGGACAAAGAUGGCGAUCUGGAUUUUCUGACACGUCUCUUUCAUUUUACCCAUUUUAUUCUGUGUUCUUUUCGUGUAAAUGGUAACAUGGAGCUCAAGUCUCAGGCAUCGGAUUCAUCAAAAUGGUGAGAAACACACAAAAAAGCAAAACUUUGCACGUUGUAGCUUUCGAAGACCAGGUGCUCUUCAGCCCUUGUUUCUCAUUGUUCAUUUCCACCAUAGUCCUGUAUGUUCCACACAUUCUUUGUUGUUGAAUUACUUCUUUUACUUCUCCCUUGACUUGCAUUGGCAUGCUUAUUGUUCUCCUCAUUCUGAUUGUCUGCGUUAUGGAGCCAUUGUGUUUAGAUGAUGUCCCGCUGCACAGAUGCGAGACGUGUGCCGCCACUGUUAGAAUGUCGGAGUCUACAACAGUGUCUUACGGAGUACGUGUUUUCAACACUUUGAUUUACAUUUAGGAAAGUGUGCCAUUUAUAAGAAACUGAUAUUUUUAAGAGGCAAUAAAAUGUCACCGCAUAUGUGGAAGAAAUUUAUUAUACAAUGAGAUCUUAACAGAUAUUUAACCCUCCAUAAACUGCCUAUUUUGUUAUAAUAAAAGUCUAUAUUGAGCUUUACUUCAGCACUAUUAUAAUGGGAGUUCUUUUCUUGACAUCGUAAAGUGUAUAUUAGAGCAAGAGAUUUAGAAAGAAGAAAGAAAUAGUAUGAAUAUAUUUUUUUCCCUUUUUCUGUUACCACCCUUUUCCUAAACUGAAACAAAUGACAAGAUGCAGGGCAGUGAGGGGAAUGUGGAGAAAACAGAGCCUAGUACAUGAUUAACACAAAUAUUUGAAGCUAGUUCUGUCUUUUCCUCCUCUCUGCCCACCCUUUCAACAUCAUCUGCUCCAAGUGUGCUACAUAAGAGUCGUUAUGUGUGAAGAAGAACGUUCUAUCCAUCCCCUCUCUCAGACACAAACCGUCUCAGCUGGAAGAAGAGCUUCACAAGGCUGACGAAGCUUUGGCACAUGGCUGAUGUUGUCCAGCUAGAAGCUCCACAGAGGUUUCUUCUUUCUAAACCUGUCCUGGAGAGAGGGGAUCUUGCCUGCUCUUCCUUUGACAUGAUUGUUUUGUAUACUAAGACUGCUUGUUCUACCACCUCACCAACUCUGCUUUUUGGGGACAUUUUUGGGACUGGAAAAACAGAAACAUGUAAAUAACCUACUGAUCUGAUUCAUUCCAUUGAUCAAAACGAAUAAGAGAAUGGCUAAUUCAAGAAAAAAUAAAACAAAAUAUUUCUCAUACAGCACAGUGCUGGUGUGAGUCUUCCUUCAGAUGGAGGGCUUAAGUAUAUCUAUAAGGUGUGACAUUUGCACACACUAUUCUGUACACAUCGAUGCACUUCUGAAAAGUUGUCAUUGAUUAUGGCACAGCUGUUAUUUUGUGAGACCAUUUCUGGCACCUUAAAGGGAUAGUUGACUCCGAUUUAAAUUCUGUCAUCAUUUACUCAACCUCAUGUCAUUCCAAUCCUGUAUGAUUUACUUUCGCCUGUGGAAAAUUAAAGAUAUUUUUUGAGAACACAUUCAUACUGUAUAAUAGAAGUCAAUGGCCACUAAAACUGUUAGGUUACCGACAUUCUUCCAAAUAUUUUAAUUUCAAAUAAGAACGUAAGUACUAUAGGUUUGAAUCGACAUGAGGGUGAGUAAAUGAUGACAGA